CCGUUCUUCUUCACCUUAGCGAGGAGUACUUUUGGCGGAUUUGCUAGAACCAGAUUCUAGGCAUUAUUAGCCUAAGCGAGUAACCUCGCCCCGCGCGAGCUGAUUAGCAAUAAACGCUGCGAAUCGCCUGCGUUGCACGUGAGCUCGUUCCUGCGAGUCCGCUUUCCAACCACCGCGACAACCACGUCACCGCCAUCCAUGGCUCCUACGGAAUCAUCUGUACAUAGCUCGUCGUUACAUCUCGCCGCUGCUGGCGCUGUGCUCGUCGUGGUGGCCGGGACAGGCCUCUACUGUCUGGUCUAUUCUCCUUACCGAUUCAUCCGACAGUGCAAGAAGCAAGGGAUUCCGUUUCUACCCUUCAGGCCGCUGAUUGGCCAGAUACCCGAGAUCAAAUCUUCAGGCGACCCCAAGGCGACGAUCAUUCCCGUGCUCGACGAAUCAGAAACUCCCGCCGAAGCGUCUAGAACCAGGGACGAUCAUGGAGCCUCAGCAGCGGCAGGGAUGGAGUCAGAGGCUGCUCCCAGCGUGGCGUACGGUCCCAGGAUGCACAGCCCCCUCUUGUGCGAGUGGAUCAGCAAGCACGGCACCGUGGUGGGAUUCAGUAUAGGCCCCUCGCCUACUGUCCUCAUCGCCGAGCCAAGCCUUGUCAAGCAGGUCCUUAUCACCAAGGCCGCCUCCUUUUCAAAGACUGAAGCUUCUCGGCAGAUUCUUGGCUUUCUGGGCAACGGGCUGCCGCUGUCAGAGGGCAAGUUCUGGGCUCGCCAGCGCCGCAUGCUCAACCCGGCCUUUGCCCCCCUCUGCAUCCAGCGCAUGGCAGUCACCAUGGACCAGCAGGCCCGCCUGGCAGCACAACGGUGGUCCCAAGCCGUGGCCCGUGCCAAAGACCAUGAGUCGAAUCGAGCUGAGGGCCGGGCAAGGGGGCACGAGGUGGGCGUGCAGGAGGAGCAGCACGCCCAUGCUGCCACACGCCAUGCGUCGGGGCGAGCUGGGGGCUGGGCGAGGGGGCAUGAGGUGGACGUGCAGGAGGCGCUGUCAGCCGUGACCCUCGACAUCAUUGGGCUCACUGCCUUCGGGGAGGCCGUGGGGGAUGAAGGCGUGGAGGGGGGCGGGAUGGUUGGGGUGAGGGGAAGGGACGAGAGAGAAGAGGGAGAUGGUCUGGUGGACACGGAUGUGUUGGACUCGCAGGCUGGUGGGGUUGACUCACGGGCUGGUGGGGUUAAAUCGCGGGCUGGUGGGGUUGACUCGCGGGCUGGUGGGGUUGAAUCGCGGGCUGGUGGGGUUGACUCGCGGGCAGUGUACAUGGCAGUGAGCGAGCUGAGCGAGCGCUGCAUGCAGAGGGUCUUCUCGGGCCGUGCCUUCAUCCCUCUCUACACCUGGUUGCCAACGCAGGAGAACAGGGCCAUAGCAGCUGCAUCAGAGCGAAUCAAGGCACUGGCUCUAAGCCUGGUGGCGAGGAGGAGGCUUGCACUGAAAGAGGGCCGGGAGGGCCACAACCUGCUGGACGCCAUGCUGGCAGCGCGGGACGACGAGACCAAUGAGCAGAUGACAGAUCAGCAGCUUGUGGAUGAGUGCAUCACGUUCCUCUUUGCUGGCCACGAAACCACCGCCAAGCUGCUGAUGUGGACCAUGUUCCUGCUGGCCCGCCAUCCCACGUGGCAGCAGCGGCUGAGGCGGGAGGUGUGGCGCGUGGUGGGGCGGGGGGGAGCACAGGGAGAAAGACAAGUAGGGGAGGGCGAAGAGGGCACAAGAAAGAAGGGAGGGGAGGGGACAGGAGGGGAGGGAAGAGGAGAAGAAGAUGGGGGAGGGGGGCGGCUGUGUGUGCGGUGGGAGCAUGUGGGGGCAUUGGAGGAGAUGGGCAUGGUGCUGCAUGAGAGCGUCAGGCUCUUCCCUCCCGUGCCAUCGCUCAUGCGCCAAAGCACCAAGCCUGUGGAGGUGGGACCCUACAGCUUCCCGCCCAACACUCAGCUGGUGCUGGCAGUGGGCUUCAUGCAUGGGGACACACGGUGGUGGGGGGAGGAUGCACACUGCUUCAACCCCGAGAGAUUCAGAAAUGGCGUGGAUGGCGCAUGCUCCGACCCUCUAGCCUUCCUCCCAUUCGCUGUGGGUCCAAGGAAGUGCAUUGGCUACGCAUUUGCGUUUGCAGAAGCCAAGAUAAUUCUUUGCCAUCUAUUGAACUCUCUCCAAUGGCGUGUCUCCCCUUCAUAUGUUCAUGAGCCGUCGCUAGGUAUAACGCUUUAUGCAAAACAAGGCAUGCCUCUAUUGUUUGAUCCUGUGGAUGAUUGAGUUGAGGGUGUCAAUAUCCAAGCCCACUAUGGAAUAUGCUACUCUUUAUGUAUGUCAUU